UGUGAUGGUUCGGCUCGCAGCGCGCGCCCUGCUCCCGCGGUUUGGAAUGGAAUAAGUGCUUGGCGGGGGAGGGGGGCGCGCAAAGAGGGAGAGAGAGAGAUCCUGAGCUGCUUUGGAGAGAAGAGCCCUUAAGAGAUUGAAGCAAGUGGACGGAACCAUGGCGAAAGAAGAGGGGGAGGGAGAGGAGGAGAAGAAAAAUGAAGAGGAGGAAGAGGAGAAGAAGGAGGAGGAGGAGGAACUGAAGGUUCCCGAGGAGAUGUUCAAAGAUGUCAAGUUCUUCGUCGUGGGGGACAUAGACCCCAAGGUUAUUCAGUUUCUGAAAGAUGGCAAAGGAAAGGAAGUUUCUUAUAAUGCACUGGCAUCACACAUCAUCGCAGAAGAUGGAGACAAUCCAGACGUGAGUGAAUCUCGUGAGGUGUUUGAUCUUCCAAUUGUAAAGCCUUCCUGGGUGACUUUGUCCGUUCGGUGUGGAGCUCUUCUGCCAGUAAAUGGCUUUUCCCCAGAAUCCUGUCAGAUCUUUUUCGGUGUUGCUGCUUGUCUAUCUCAGGUUUCCUCUGAAGACCGGAGUUCGCUGUGGGCCUUGAUUACGUUUUAUGGUGGGGAUUGCUGGCUCAGCCUCAAUAAAAAAUGCACUCAUUUGAUUGUGCCUGAACCAAAAGGGGAAAAAUUUGAAUGCGCCUAUAAACAAGAGAACAUCAAAAUUGUGACUCCCGACUGGGUUUUAGAUUCUAUAGCCGAUAAAACAAAAAAAGACGAGGCUCCUUAUCAUCCCCGACUCAUUAUAUAUGAGGAGGAAGAGGAGGAGGAAGAAGAGGAAGAAAACGAAGAGCAAUAUUCACCAAAUGAAGGGAGUACAGAUGAAAAAUUAUCAAGUCCAGCAUCUUCUCGAGAAGGAUCGCCUUUAGGUGACCAAGCUUUUUCUCCUAAAUCCGUUGCUGCUGACAAAACAAAAGGAGAAUUGAUGUUUGAUGAUUCAUCAGACUCUUCUCCUGAAAAACAUGAAAGGAACUUAAACUGGACUCCUGCUGAAGUUCCACAGACUGCUCCAGCAAAGUGUAGAUUGCCGUCGGGGAAGGAUUCGGGUUUGAUUAACUUGUGUGCCAACGUCCCACCGGUUCCAGGCAAUAUUUUGUCCUCUGAGAUCAGGAGUAAUAUAAUGACUUCAGUACAAAAUCCCACAAGCUCCGGGCGUCCAGAAAUGAUGGCAACAUGGAGUCCAGCGGUACGGACGCUACGAAAUAUUACUAAUAAUGCUGAUAUUCAGCAGGUUAAUAGGCCAUCAAACGUAGCACAUAUCUUGCAGUCACUUUCGGCACCUACGAAAACCUUGGAGCAGCAGGUAAACCACAGCCAACAGCAGGGACAUUCAAAUGCAGUCUUGCUUAGCCAGGUUAAACUGGCCCCAGAAACACACUUAUUGCAACAGCAGCACCAACCACAACAGCACCAACCUCAGCAGCAGCAGCAACAACAGCAGCAACAACAGCAGCAGCAGCACCACCCCCUCUUACAUCUUCAGCCCCAGCAUAUCAUGCAGUUGCAGCAACAACAACCCCAGCAACCUCAGAUUACACAGCAGCCUUUCUCACAGCAGCCUCAUCAGUUUGUCCAGCAGCAGCAACAGCAGCAGCAAGUUCAUCAGCACCAGUUUUCCCAGCAACAGCUUCAGUUUCCUCCACAACAGCUGCAUCCGCAACAACAGAUGCAUCGGCCUCAGCAACAAUUGCAGUUUCAGCAGCAGCAGCAUGCCUUGCAGCAGCAGUUACAUCAACUACAACAGCAGCAAUUGCAACAGCAGCAGUUGCAAAUGCAGCAGCAAAACCUCCAACAACUGCAGCAGCAGCAGCAUCAACAGCAGCAGCAACAGAUGCAACAACUACAGCAGCAACAUUUGCAGCGCAUGCAGCAGCAGCAGCAGCAGCAGAUGCAAAACCAGGCAUCGCAACACCUGACUCAGGCACCUCAGACUCAGACACUACAACAGCAUCAGGUUUCCAUUCAGCAGGCGCAGCAUUUACAGCACCCGCAGCAGCAACAGCAGCAGCAGCUUCAGCCACAUCAGCUAUUUGGACAUGAUCCAUCCGUGGAAGUUCCUGAAGACUAUUUCUUAUUGGGUUGUGUGUUUGCAAUUGCUGAUUACCCCGAACAGAUGUCUGAUAAGCAGCUGUUAGCAACAUGGAAACGGGUAAUCCAAGCACAUGGUGGCACAAUGGAUCCUACACUCACAAGUCGUUGUACACAUCUUCUCUGUGAAAGCCAGCUCAGUAAUAUGUAUGCUCAGGCACUGAAAGAAAGGAAGAGAUGUAUCACUGCUCACUGGCUGAAUUGUGUGAUAAAAAAGAAGAAAAUGGUGCCACCCCAUCGAGCACUUCAUUUUCCAGUUGCAUUUCCACCAGGAGGAAAACCAUGUUCUCAACAUAUAAUCUCAGUGACAGGGUUUCUCGACAGUGACAGGGAUGAUCUCAAGCUGAUGGCCUACCUGGCAGGGGCAAAAUACACAGGCUAUCUUUGUCACAGCAAUACAGUUCUCAUCUGUAAAGAGCCUACUGGCUUAAAAUACGAGAAAGCCAAAGAGUGGAGGAUACCAUGUGUGAAUGCACAGUGGCUUUGUGAUAUAUUACUUGGGAAUUUUGAAGCAUUGCGGCAAAUGCAGAACAAUCGAUACACAGUGUUCAACCUUCAAGACCCACUUGCUCCUAACCAGCAUCUAGUUCUAAACCUCCUAGAUGCUUGGAGAGUGCCAUUAAAAGUAUCGUCGGAACUUCUAAUGGGUGUGAGAUUGCCACUUAAACCAAAGCAAAAUGAACCAGUCAAUCAACCUUCGAUCAAGCGACCAAGAAUUGAAGACUUGCCAGCACCUACUAAAAAACUAACCCCAGAAUUGACCCCAGUUGUGCUUUUCACAGGGUUUGAGCCUAACCAGGUGCAUCAGUACAUCAAGAAACUAUACAUUCUUGGAGGCGAAGUAGCGGAGUCAGCACAGAAAUGCACUCAUCUAAUAGCUAGCAAAGUGACACGGACAGUGAAAUUCCUAACAGCAAUUUCAGUUGUAAAACACAUAGUGACCCCAGACUGGUUAGAAGAGUGUUUCAAAUGCCAGACAUUUAUAGAAGAGCAAAACUACAUCCUCAGAGAUGCAGAAGCUGAAGUUCUUUUCUGUUUCAGCUUAGAAGAAUCCCUAAAGAGAGCUCAUGCAGCACCCCUCUUUAAGGGGAAGUAUUUCUAUAUCACACCUGGCAUUUGCCCAAGCCUUUCCACCAUGAAAUCCAUUGUGGAAUGUGCAGGUGGAAAGGUGUUGUCCAAACAACCUUCUUUCCGCAAACUUAUGGAACAUAAACAAAACAAAAGCUUGUCAGAAAUCAUCUUGAUUUCAUGUGAAAAUGAUCUCCACUUAUGCCGAGAAUAUUUUGCCAGAGGCAUAGAUGUUCAUAACGCAGAGUUUGUUCUGACAGGCGUUCUCACCCAAACACUGGAUUAUGAAUCAUAUAAAAUUGUUUGACUAGGAAGAAAGAUGCCUUAAAGCUUCAACAUUCUGAAAGCCUUCCCUCAAGCUUUUCCAGCCUAUAGAUGGAUCGAUCAAUCAAUCAGUAUUUCCUUGUGUCCUCAUUUUACACUUAACAGGUUCUUUUUGGAAGGGCAGUGAACUGGUUAAGGCAGGAGAGCAAAAAUUUACUGCAUCUGUUUAAGAUGUGCAACCUUUUAUUAUUAAAACAUAAUUAACUAUGUUUUUUUUGUAUUGUACUACAAACUAGAGAGAGCCUAGUUUUUAUAUUGCAAAUUAGUUUUCCCGAUUUCUUUUUGUAGGUUUUAACAAUCAGUGGUAUGCAACCAAAAUCGAAAUUGAAAUGUAAAGAGAAAAAAAGGGCUUUGUGGUAUGUUUUAAAUUAUGAAGGUAAAUAUUUUGUACUUUAUUUUAUUACAGUGUUUCUUUUAUAUUGAUGCUAUCCCAGUUUUUAAAUAAACAUACUUUUAAAAUAUUUUUUCUUUAAAAUUUACUAGUGUUUCUUCAAAUAUAUAUAUAUAUUGUGCAGUUGUGGCACUCUCUGGUAAGAGUAAAUUACUCUAAAUGACUCUAGUUAUUCUUUCAGAUGCUGUAAUAUAUUCUUCCACUUAUUUUACCAGGUGUGUUUUAAUAUUGAAAGCCAAGUAUUUUACGCAGAAUUUAUUGUUAAUGUUCAAUGUGUGUUUCUACUGAAGUUAGCCUGAACUCACUCUUACUCAGCUGUGAUAAGUUUUCUCGUAAUUUUUAUGAAAUAAAUAUGCAAAAAAGGAAUUGAUGGAUGCAGUUAUUUCAUGCAAAGUGAAUUGCUCUUGGAAACACUACUGUAUGUUGGUAAAUUAUAAACUGAAUGUUCGCUAUCUUUAAAAAUAAACAAAGGCUUUUGAGCAGGAACAAGUCUGAAGUAAUACGCAGCCUAUUGGUUGUAUAUGGUUCACCUGCAUUGGGGACAAAUGCUUGGCUAAAAAUCCAAAGUUUGCCUCUUCUUUUGAAAAUACCCAUUAAGUUUGCAGCCGACAUAAAAUGCCAGGCAAAUUGAAUAAGAUUCUCUCUCUUCCUUGACUAAAUCUAGCAAGAAAUGUUAUUUGGCAUUAUUUGUGGGGGUUUCAGUAAUGUGGGCUUUGCACUACCAGAGAGUUCUUGCUAACUUACAAAGCCUGAAAUAACUCCGCAUUUAUUUCACUUGUCAAUAUGCCACUUUUGUAUUUUCUGAAGCCGAAGGGCCAUGUCUGGAAAUAACUGUAUUUAAUUGAAAUUGAAAAGCUACAGGUUUACAGGCUGAACAUUUAGGUCUGGCACUUUGUGUUAUGUUUAGAUCAUUUGUUUACAUUUGUGAUAUAAUAAUACAUUAACUGUGUUACCGAAGGCUUUCAUGCCUGGAAUCACUGGGUUGCUGUGAGUUUUCCAGACUGUAUGGCCAUGUUCCAGACGUUUCGCCCACAUCUAUGGGAGGCAUCCCCAGAGGUUGUGAGCUAUAUUGGAAAUUAAGCAGAUGGGGUUUAUAUAUCUGUGGAAUGUCCAGGGUGGGAGAAAGAACUCUUGUCUGCUUGAGGCAAAUGUGGAUGUUGCAAUUAAUCACUUUGAUCAGUACUGAAUAUUCUUCAAGGCUUGGUUGGCUGCUUCCUGCCUGGGGGGAUCCUUUGUUGGGAGGUGGUUAGCUGGCCCUGAUUGUUUUCUGUCUGGAAUUCCCCUGUUUUUGAGUGUUGUUUUAUAUUUACUGUCCAGAUUUUAGAGUUUUUUUUAAUACUGGUAGCCAGAUUUUGUUCAGUUUCAUGGUUUCCUCCUUUCUGUUGCAAUUGUCCACAUGCUUGUAGAUUUCAAUGGCUUCCCUGUGUAGCCUGACAUGGUGGUUGUGAGAGUGGUCCAUCAUUUCUGUGUUCUCAAAUAAUAUACUGUGUCCAGGUUGGUUCGUCAGGUGCUCUGUUAGAGCGGACUUCUAUGGUUGAAUUAGUCUGCAGUGCCUUUCAUGUUCCUUGAUUCAUAUUUUCUCUGUUGGAGGCAAGUGUGAAUAUUGCUAUUAAUCACCUUAAUUAGCAUUGCAAAGCCUUGCAGCUUCAAGGCUUGGCUGAUUUCUGCCUGUGGGAAUCCUUUGUUGGGAAGUGGGGCCUUCUCAGUGGUGGCCCCCAGCUUGUGGAAUUGGCUCCCCAGCGAGAUCAGAUCGGCAUCCUCCCUCCUUACUUUUAGGAAAAAACUAAAGUCGUGGUUUUGGAGCCAGCCCUUCAGCUAGUGGGCACAGCAGCACUUUAGACACUGAACCCGGACCAUAGGACUGUUAUGACAAUUGGAAACGGCUAUGUGACUUUGUUAUUAUAUGAGUAUGUGAUUUUGAUUAAUGUUAUUGUUUUAAUUUGCUAUGUAUUUGAUUUUACAUUGUUGUAUUGAUAUUGUGGCAUUGAAUUGUUGCCUGUGUUAGCCGCUCUGAGUCCCCCCUCGGGGGUGAGAAGGGCGGGGUAGAAAUGGUGUAAAUAAAUAAUAAUAAAUAAAUAAGUGUUAGCUGGCCCUGAUUGUUUCAUGCAACAUUAACACAUGUCUCUAACAGAAAAGAGUUCUUUCUCCCACCCUGGACUUUUCACAGAUAUAUAAACCUCCCUUGUUUAGUUUCCAAUAUACCUCACCACCUCUGAGGAUGCCUGCCAUAGAUGUGGGUGAAAUGUCAGGAGAAAAUGCUUCUGGGACAUGACCAUACAGCCCAGAAAAGUCACAGCAACCCUUUGCAUUAACAGCGUACCACUAAAGUUUUUUUGCCUGCUUGAGAGUCUGACAAUAUAUACUUAAGCAAACUUCACUUUAAUCUUGCAUACUUUUAAAGAGCACCACUACUGGUAAGCUUUGGCAACUAUAUCUGAGAAUAUUUCAAUGAGUAAUUCAUCUUUGGAGGUAUUUUGGCUGCUUUAUUUACACUGGAAAAUGGGACAUCCACUAUAGAAAGGCCCACUACCACAGCAGUAUCAAUAGCAUGCAGGUAUUACCAAUCUCUAUGCCAGUAUAUACCAUACUUUAAAAUGCACCAUGGUUUUUUCACAUGGUUCUCUGUGAUGGUUUGCUUGUUCCUGAGCUGGAAACUUCAUGUCUCAUAUAUUUUAUUUUUGCCUGCAGAAAGCUCUUCCAUGUUUGUGUUUUUUCUGUAUGCAUUUCAAUAUUUUAUGUAUGUUCAUGCUUAUAAAAGUACUUUGAACAAGG